CUGCAGGGGGCGGAGCCAAGGGCUGAGCGUGAUGGCCGCCUUGGCCGUGGCCGUUCGCGAGGACUCGGGAUCCGGCAUGAAGACGGAACUGACUUCUAGGCCCGGGUCAGGGGGUAGGGAGAUGACCCAAGAAGAGAAGCUGCAGCUUCGCAAGGAAAAGAAACAGCAGAAGAAGAAACGGAAGGAGGAAAAGGGGACACCUCCGGAAACUGGAUCAACUAGCUCUGCAGCCCAGUGUCCAGUGGCUCCAACCAGAGAACUGCCAGGGCCCACCAAUCAGUUAGGCACCCCUGGGGAGAAAGUUCCACCUGCCCGGAGUAAAGCUGAACUUCGUGCUGAGCGGAGAGCCAAGCAGGAGGCUGAGCGAGCCCUGAAACAGGCAAGGAAAGGGGAACCAGGAGGACCACCUCCUCAGACCUGCCCCAGCACAGCUGCAGAAACCCCCUCAGGAGUGAAGCAUCUACCCGAGCACACCCAAGUUGAUGAUCCCACACUUCUGAAAAGGCUUGUUAAGAAACCAGAGCAACAGCAGGUUCCUACACGAAUGGAUUAUGGAUCCAAAGUCAGUCUCUUCUCCCACCUUCCUCAGUACAGCCGACAAAACGCUGUGACCCAGUAUAUGAGCAUCCCAUCCUCUGUGAUCCACCCAGCCAUGGUGCGACUCGGCCUGCAGUACUCCCAGGGCCUGGUCAGUGGCUCCAAUGCCCGGUGUAUUGCCCUGCUCCGUGCUUUGCAGCAGGUGAUUCAGGACUACACAACACCCCCCAAUGAAGAACUCUCCCGGGAUCUCGUGAAUAAGCUGAAACCCUACAUCAGCUUCCUGACUCAGUGCCGCCCCCUGUCAGCAAGCAUGUACAACGCCAUCAAGUUCCUUAACAAGGAGAUCACCGGUGUGAGCAGCUCCAGGCGAGAAGAGGAGGCCAAGUCAGACCUCCGAGAAGCCAUCGAUCGCUAUGUGCAAGAGAAGAUUGUCCUCGCAGCUCAGGCAAUCUCACGCUUUGCCUACAAGAAGAUCAGCCAUGGAGAUGUGAUCCUGGUAUAUGGAUGUUCAUCUCUGGUGUCACGAAUUCUUCAGGAAGCCUGGGCUGAGGGCCGGCGCUUUCGAGUGGUAGUGGUGGAUAGUCGGCCAUGGCUGGAGGGAAGGCACACACUGCGUUCUCUGGUCCGGGCAGGGGUUCCUGCCUCCUACCUGCUGAUUCCUGCAGCCUCCUAUGUACUCCCAGAGGUCUCUAAGGUGCUAUUGGGAGCUCACGCACUCCUAGCCAAUGGGUCUGUGAUGUCACGAGUGGGGACGGCACAGCUGGCCCUAGUGGCUCGAGCCCAUAACGUGCCAGUGCUGGUCUGCUGUGAAACAUACAAGUUCUGUGAGCGUGUGCAGACUGAUGCCUUUGUCUCCAAUGAGCUAGAUGACCCUGAUGAUCUGCUGUGUGAGCGAGGAGACCGUGUGGCCCUGGCUAACUGGCAGAACUACCCGUCCCUACGCUUGUUGAAUCUGGUCUAUGAUGUGACCCCCCCAGAGCUCGUGGAUCUGGUGAUCACAGAGCUGGGGAUGAUCCCUUGCAGUUCCGUGCCUGUUGUCCUCCGAGUCAAGAGCAGUGACCAGUGAGGGUGGAGGUGGAGGGCACCCCCACGGGGUCAAUAAAUGAUGUACUCCUAUACCCUGCAA